AUGGGUGGCGCGGACGUCGGGCGAAAAGAUUCGCUCUCUCCUCCUCUCCAGGUGUGGUUCAAGAACCGCCGCGCCAAGUGCCGGCAGCAGGCGCAGCAGAACAGCCAGAACGGGUCGAGCGCCACCACCACCACCACCAGCACGAGCAGCACCAACGGCACGGCCACCACCAUCACCACCACGCCCGCAGCCAACAACAACGACAGCACCAAGGCCGCCGCCCCGCGCCCCAAGAAGAUCAAGAGCCCCAGCACGCCCUCGCCGCCCCCGCCCGUCAUCAAGAGCUCCCCGCGCCCCGCCUCGCCCGCCUACAAGCCUCCGUCAGUGUCCCCCGCCUCAGCACACACGCCGCCCAACACCACGCCCACGCCCACGCCCACACACACCUACGGCUCCUUCCAGUCGGCCCCGGCAACGACGGACCACACCAACAGCUACUCCUCGCUGUGGGCGCCCGCCGGCCUGCGGCCCAUGGGCGACCUGCACGUGUCCACCGCCAACUGCAUGCAGACGCCCUCGUACCACAUGGCGAGCAGCAAGAGCCCGGGGUCCUCAUGGAACCAGAACUACGGCCCCGCUUCCUACUACGGCAACAUGAGCAUGGAAUACCUGCCCCACCACAUGGGCGCCCACGCACAGUUCACGCCCGUCAGUAACCACAUGGGCGGCUUCCAGCAGAUGGGCGGCCACAUGAUGGGCUCCCACAGCAUGAUGAGCAGUCAGCACUACACGCGGCCCGCCGCCGUCACGCCCGUGCAGGGAGUCACGGCCCCCGGAUCGCAAGACUGCAUGGACUUCGGGGAGAAGUUCCAGGUCCUCUGAAAGCUGUCCGCGUCACCGCUGCUGCCGCCCAGCGCCGACGGGGCCGCCGCUGCAGGGCGCCGACGGGUCGCCCUGCCAGCCUGCCAAGGGCGUCGCGCUGGACCGUACUCAGAGCCGCCCACCGCCGGCCCGCGGGUCUCUGCCACGCUGGCGGCGGAGGACAUUUGGCCUCACAGGAGCGGGUGAACGCCGAGCGACGCCGGGGCUCGACGCCGGCCGGCGGAGCGACGCCGGGUGAAAGGGCCGCCACUCUCUCCUCGCUCACUCGCGGUGAGCUCUCAGGAGCCAGAUGGGUUUCUCCGGGUUGUCGUCCUCGACUCGCUACCUCCUUCGACGGUGUCCGUCAACAUCUUUCCUCGCGCGAAGCGAAAGAAGACGCCGCCCUGUCUCCGCGGAACAGGCGGUGAAGUGAAGUGAAGUGAAGGAGAGUAGAAAGAACUGGAGGGUCAGCUAGCGAGGGUAUUAAGGGGGGAGGGGAGGGGGAGGAUAACCUAGCGGCCACCUGCACGCCCAGGGAUUAACGGAGCAAAUGUGCACAGUCUGAUGCCGCCCAUGUCAGCCCUCUUGCCACAGCACUUCGCUCGCCACCGCUCAGCCGGCCUCCUCUCCCCGCCUGUCCACGUGAUGGUGUCCGAUCCCUUCUGAGUGUGGCAAGCCGGGCAGGCAAGAGGGCCUUGAUCUCUCUAUGUUGUGUGAUUCGUCUUUCACGAAGCCUUUAUUAACUGUAGCCGUCGGGUCUAGAGUUAUCACAGGGUAAUUAAUUAAUAUUUAAUUGAUUCCUCCUGUACAUAUUGUAAAGCUGUCUAAAGCUGUCGGAAUAUGGCUGUCUACAGCUGAAAGAAACGUUUAAAAAUAUUCAGCGUGCUGGCAGUCUAUGGGAAUCGCAUAUAUAUAUUUUUUCUCCUAAAUAUUUAUUCAUUAUUAGUUGUUUUUUCGGACCAGUGAAUGUGGCCUUUCAUUACAUUCGGGUAAACUGUAAAAGAAAAUUUUCAGGAAUGGCGUUGUAAACAUGCGCGGGUGCACUCCGAACUGUGUCUUCAGUGUUGAUGUACGUAAAUAUCUCUUUGUGUACAUAGUAAAAAUAACCUUGGUGUACUCAGGGGUAACUCCAACCCAUAGUGACGUGUCGUUCGGUUUAAUCUCAUUGUCAUGUGUAUGUUAGUGCAAUAUGGCAAGCGUGCAUAGGGGGAGAGGGAGGAGGAAAGAAUUAAGAGAGAGAGAAAGAGAAGAGGAGAGAGAGAGAGAGAGAGAGAGAGAGAGAGAGAGAGAGAGAGAGGAAGAGAGAGAGAGAGAGAGAGAGAGAGAGAGAGAGAGAGAGAGAGAAGCGAAAGAGCGAGAGAGAGAGAGAGAGAGAACGAUGGUCUCUUGAUUGAAAGCUAUUUAGCAUAACUAAAGCUUUCCACUCACCAUUCUGUUGCUGGACAAGGACAUCUCUGCAAUCAAGGGCAAGGGACCCCCCCCCUCUUUCUUCCUCUUCCUCUUCUUCUCUUUCCGUUGCAAAUUACCAUUCCCGUCUCUAAUAAUUUUAAGAUAAGUUUUAUCAUUAUUAUCAACCUGCCAAAUAUUAGUAAUAAACCCCGGGGGAUGUUUGAAACUGGCCCCAAUUCUGCCAGCAUUUAGGGACUCUGUCAACAGUACAUUGUAUAUAGUCUGUACCUUCAGGAAAAUGUUUUAUGUAGAUUAUAUUUGUUCUCAGUCAGCACCAGAACGCGACUGUUGGCUCUUUUAUUAUGUGUUUAACUAAAAAAUAUGUACUUAAAAUGCUUCAAUACAAUCCUGUCUGCGGCUAACUGUGGCUGAGGAAGCCUCGCCGUAAUGCUGACAUGUUAAAAUACUAUUGUUUUGUAAUAUACUAUCCA